UAAAACAAAAAGUACGUUGUAUGUGUGUGUGCGUGUGUGUGUGUGUGUGUGUGAAUUUUCAUAAUGUUGCCCCACAUAGGCGUGCAUGUGUGCGUCAUCUUAAGCUAUGAAACUUUGCCUGAGUUAUUCUUUUAUAACGACUAUGAAGAGAAUGUCCUAAGAUAGUAUAACCGGUAUAAAAAGAGGGGAAAAAGAUUACAUUAGUUAUUUCUCAUGCAGGUGUUGAAACAAAACAGUAAUUUACUGUCUACUCAAAAACUAUUUUCAAGCUCUUCGACGCACGCAAAAGCCAACACUAUACUAACAACAUAAUGUAUUUUCUUGCAUUCGUGCUCUCCUGCUUUGCUUCCAGUGUUUUGGCAGAUGAUUAUUUCCAUUCUCUUUAUCUGGACUUCAACAAAACUUAUCACCUUUCAUGGAAAUUUAAUAAUUCUCACAUCGAAUUCCAUACUGAAGUUAAAACACUCGGUUAUGUGGCACUAGGCUUAUCAAUGGACGGUAGCCUGAAAAACGCCGAUGUUUUCUUUGCAGGAGUUUCUAAUGGACAAUCUUAUUCAUCGAACUAUUAUGGUAAUGCUGACGAGAAAUUGUCAUUGCAAGCAACCAGUGAAUGGCAUUUAUUGUACUUCAAUGAAUCUGACAUGGAAACAACAUUGACAUUCUCUAGAGAACUUUCUGGGCCAAAUAUGAAAAUAAACAUCACACAAAAUACUAUGAGAGUUUUGUGGGGUUAUAACAAGACAGAUAAUGUAAAUGACAACUUCCAACCUGAUGGCGUCCAAAGUCUAUAUCUACUUCAAGACCAAUUGCCUGAGCCAGCAAUGCCAAACGAUACAGUUGAAAUAGAAUUCAGAAUGAAUAAUACUCUGAUUCCAAAGUCAAAAACUACUUAUUGGUGUAAAUCUUUUGAAGUACCACCCCUUGACGGGCCAGUACAUGCUAUUGUGAUGUCUCCUUACAUUCAAGAAGGAAAUGAAGCCUUUGUUCACCAUAUCUUAUUAUACAGCUGCUACAAAAACACUUCAGGAGAAAAUUAUAUAGGAUAUGAAGGAAAAUGCUAUUCACAAAAUAUGCCACUUGAUUGGAAAUAUUGUCGGACAAUACUUCACGGAUGGGCAGUUGGAGGCUCGAAAUUCGCUCUCCCCGAACAUGUUGGGAUAUCAAUUGGCGGUGAAGAAGAUCCUCUCUAUUAUAUAAUGGAAAUGCAUUACGAUAAUCCCCAAGAGAUGGAAGGUGUACGCGAUUCUUCUGGAUUCAAAAUAAUUGCAACUAAAACUAAACGUCAAUACGAAGUUGGAACUUUAGCAGUCGGAUGUCUUGUGGGAUUUCACCCUGAAAUAAUUCCUCCCUAUGCUAAAGAAUUCAAAUAUUACGGACACUGUGACGCGUGUGGAUCUAUGAUUAAACCUGAAAGAAAUAUUCAAUGGAAUGAGGAGGGAGUUAAGAUGAUAGCCGUAGGACUUCAUGCACACUUAGCAGCAAGAAAGAUAAGGCUUCAUCAUUAUCGCGAUGGUAAAAAGCUUCCUGAUAUUGCGUAUGAUGACAAUUACGAUUUCAACUAUCAAGAAACGAGGAUGUUCAAGAAUGAGAUUACUCUUUUAAAGGAUGACCGCCUAGAAGUUGAAUGUAUUUAUGAUACCACACAAAGAACCAAUAUUACAUAUGGUGGUCUUAGCACUGAGGACGAGAUGUGUCUAGCUUUCAUUACGAUUUAUCCGCGAAUAGAAUUAAAAGAUUGUUUCAGUGAACCAGUGUAUAACAUAAAACUAAUCAGCAUGGACCCACUGCAUUAUAAAAAUAACCCAGAUGCCAUUAAAAGAGUGGAAUUAAUAGUCAACGGUUUGGAACCUAAAGUCGGUUUUUCGCAGAUUUGUAACAAUAGGACUGGUGGUGUCGUAUUUAAGAAUCAAUCACUCCCCUUAAUUAAAUAUGAACACCCGUCAACGGUGCUGCCGACUUCGAUUCCACAACCGGCUACAACCAUAAAGGUAAGUAUUUUUAAGUUUAGACAAUUAAAUAUUUUCAAUAUGAUUUCUCAAUUAAAACAUUCAGACAAAUUAUUACGCAAAGGUCAAUGUAUUGCGUCAUUAGCUUUCAGUUACUUAUAUAUUUACUUCCGUUACGUUAGAACUAAUUAG